AGGGCCGGGAAGUUGUUCUGUGACCGCUUCCGGAGGCAGGGCCGGAAGUGGUGGCCCGGCUGUGUCAACCCGGGGGCUGCGGGCUGAGUGUGGCGGAGGUCGCGACCAUGGGCGGGAAGAACAAGCAGCGGACCAAAGGGAACCUGCGGCCUUCAAACAGUGGCCGAGCUGCAGAACUUCUAGCCAAAGAACAGGGAACCGUGCCUGGAUUCAUUGGUUUCGGAACGUUUCAGAGUGACCUGGGCUACGUUCCUGCCGUUCAAGGAGCUGAGGAAAUAGACAACCUUGUGGAUUCUGAUUUCCGAAUGGUGCUGCGGAAACUUUCUAAGAAAGAUGUCACCACGAAAUUAAAAGCUAUGCAAGAAUUUGGAACUAUGUGUACAGAGAGAGAUACAGAAAUUGUAAAAGGAGUUCUUCCAUACUGGCCAAGAAUAUUUUGCAAAAUUUCACUUGACCAUGACCGCCGGGUUCGAGAAGCCACACAGCAAGCUUUUGAAAAACUUAUCCUCAAAGUUAAGAAACACUUGGCUCCUUAUUUAAAAAGUUUAAUGGGCUAUUGGCUCAUAGCUCAGUGUGACACGUACGCACCAGCCGCGUCUGCAGCAAAAGAUGCUUUUGAAGCAGCCUUCCCUCCCAGCAAGCAGCCUGAAGCCAUAGCAUUCUGUAAGGAUGAGAUCACAAGUGUGCUGCAGGACCACCUGAUAAAGGAGACACCCGACUCGCUCAGCGACCCACAAACUGUUCCAGAGGAAGAGAGAGAAGCUAAAUUCUAUCGGGUUGUAACUUGUUCCUUAUUGGCAUUAAAGAAAUUGCUUUGCCUCUUACCUGAUAAUGAACUUGAUUCUCUGGAGGAGAAAUUUAAGUCUCUUCUAUCACAGAAUAAAUUUUGGAAGUAUGGAAAACACAGUGUACCUCAGAUCCGCUCAGCUUACUUUGAGCUAAUUUCUGCUUUGUGCCAGCGUAUUCCACAACUGAUGAAAAAGGAAGCCUCAAAAGUGAGCUCGUCUGUUCUGCUCAGCAUCGAUGACAGUGACCCCGUUGUCUGCCCUGCUCUCUGGGAAGCUGUGCUUUACACACUUACCACCAUUGAGGACUGUUGGCUUCAUGUAAAUGCAAAAAAAAGUGUUUUUCCCAAACUGUCAGCUGUGGUUCGUGAAGGUGGUCGGGGUCUGGCCACUGUCAUAUGCCCUUAUCUUCUGCCAUUCAUCAGCAAACUCCCUCAGUCCAUCACAGACCCCAGGCUGGACUUCUUCAGAAACUUCCUCACCUCUCUCGUUGCAGGGCUGUCGACAGAGAGAAUCAAAACCAGCUUUUCAGAGUGCUCAGCAGUGAUGUCUGCUUUUUUUGAAUGCCUACGUUUUAUAAUGCAGCAAAGCUUAGGUGAGGAGGAGAUGGAGGAGAUGCUCGUCAAUGACCAGUUGAUUCCUGUGAUUGACACAGUUCUCAAAGACCCAAGAUUGCAAGAUGGGCAGCUCUUUGACUAUUUAGCAGAAACUUUAAGUUCUUGGGAAGCCAAAGCAGAUGUGGAGAAAAAUGAUAAAGUGGCUCAGAACUUUGAGAAAGUGCUGCUGAAUUUCUGGGGGAGACUCUCCGAGAUCUGUUCCGCGAAGAUCGAUGAGCCAGAAGCUGAUGUGAAGUCGGUUUCAGGUGUAUCGAGUCUAUUGCAGGUCCUUCAGAAGCCGAACAGCUCAUUGAAGUCAAAUAACAAAAAAGUGGGUAAAGUUAGAUUUGCUGAUGAGAUGCCUGAAAGUAACACAGAGAAUGAGGCGCGUGUCUCCUCAGAAGGGCAGAGCAGUGAGGCCUGUGAACUGGUGGCUAAGCCGCCUCCCUCCCAUUCCGGCUCAGACUGUUUAUCUCCGCGGCGGAGGAAACCGCUGGAAGACUUAGUCUGCAGACUAGCAGAGAUGAGUAUUAAUUAUGUCAACGAACAGAAGUCGGAGCAACACCUGCGGUUUCUUUCCACUCUGCUCAGCUCCUUCUCUUCGACCCAAGUAUUUAAGAUACUCCUAGGUGAUGAAAAGCCGAGUAUCGUCAAAUCCAAACCCCUGGAAAUAGCCAAACUUAUACAGAAAAACCCAGCAGUGCAGUUCCUGUACCAGAAAGUGGUCGGGUGGCUGAACGAAGACACUAGGAAGGAGGCGGGCUUCGUGGUGGACAUUCUGUACAGUGCCCUCUGCUGCUGUGAGGAUGAGAAGGAGAGAAAAGACGUCCUGGAUGAUCUAACGGAGGUGGAUCUGAAAUGGAAUUCGGUUCUUCAGGUCAUUGAAAAGGCAUGUUCUCGUUCAGAUAAACAUGCUUUAGUAAUUUCUUGGCUGAAAGGAGAUAUCCUCGGAGAGAAGUUGGUAACCCUGGCGGAUCGUCUUUGCAACCAGGACUUGGGAUCUACAGUGACUUCUGAACCUUACUGCUCAGAGCGAUGGGCUCUCUUAGGCUUGGUGUUAUCCCAACAUGUUAACAAUGAUUACUUGAUUGGAGAGGUAUAUGUUGAAAGAAUUAUUGUUAAACUUCAUGAAACCUUAUCCAACAUAAAGAAAUUGUCAGAAGCUGAAAAUAUUGACUCUUCGGUGUCUUUUACCUGUGAUGUGGCCUAUGACUAUUUCAGCUCAGUGACAGGGUGCCUGCUGGUGCCGUCCUCGGAAGACCUGCUGCUCACUCUCUUUCAGUUGUGUGCUCAGAGCAGAGCACACGGGCGCCUGCCAGACUUCCUUAUCUGUAAACUGAAAAACACUUGGCUCUCUGGCGUGAACUUAUUGGUCCACCACCCCGGCCGUCCAGGUCAGCAGAGUGCCUUCCUGCGCGCAUCGGCUCUGUGGCUGAAGACCCAGGCGCAGUCUCCGUCCCUGGACCUUACGAGCCUCCAGGGACUCCUGUCUGCUGUGGACGACUUGCUGAACAAGCUCUUGGAGAGCGAAGAUCCUUCCCUCCUGGGCGUCUACAUUGGGAGUGUGAUGCCGGACCCCAGGGAGUGGGAGAAGAUGAGACAGUCUCUGCCUAAGCAGUGGUUGCAUAGACCUCUUUUAGAAGGACGACUGAGCUUGAAUUAUGAGUGUUUCAAAGCAGAUUUUAAAGAACACGAUACAGAGAAACUUCCUAGCCAUUUGUGUACUUCGGCAUUAUUGAGCAAAAUGAUAUUAGUUGCGCUGAAAAAGGAAAUAGUCCUAGAAAAUAAUGAGCUUGAGAAAAUAACCGCAGAGCUGCUCUACUCGCUGCAGUGGUGUGAGGAGCUGGACAACCCGCCUGCUUUCCUCACCGGAUUUUGUGAAAUGCUGGAAAAAAUGAAUAUUACAUACGAUAACUUAUGUGGACUUGGUAAUACGUCUGGCCUUUUGCACCUGCUGUUUAACAGAUCCAUGGAACAUGGCACCCUGUGGUCUCUUAUUAUUGCUAAAUUGGUCCUUUCCGGAAGUGUGUCACCUGAUGACGUGAAGCAGCAUUACAGGAGGAAAGAAGGGUUUUUCCCCCUAACAGAAGGCAAGAUGCACACCAUCCAAAGCCUCUGUCCGUUUCUGCCCGAAGACGACAAGAAAGAAUUCAUUGCCCAGUGUGUGCCUGCCCUUCCGGCCUGGGCCGAGGAAGACCUUUGCAGUACGAAUGGAGGUUUUGGACAUCUUGCCAUUUUAAAUUCUUGUCUGCAAACCAGAAGCAUAGAUGACGGAGAGCUAUUCCAUGGCAUACUGAACAUUCUGAUGUGCUGGAAGAAAGACCACGAGGACAUUUUUCUUUUCAGUUGUGACCUGUCAGGAGUGAGCCCAGAGGUCCUGGGAGUGAACGUGGAGAUCGUGCGGUUCCUCUCCCUGUUCCUGAGGUGCUGCUCCUCCCCUCUGGCCGAGAAGGAGUGGGACUUCAUCCUGUGCUCCAUGCUGGCCUGGCUGGAGACGACGCGUGAGAACUACGCGCUGCGCUCUGUGCCGCUGGUGCAGCUGCUGGCCUGUGUCAGCUGUGCUCUGGCCUGUGAGCUCAGCGCUUUCUUCGAUUCCACAACGCGGGACCCUGCUGGCCAUCUUCCUGCAAACCUAGUCAGUGAAUGGAAAGAAUUUUUUUCCCAAGGCAUCCACAACUUGCUUUUACCUCUCUUGGUGACAGUUACAGGAGAAAGCAGAGAUACGUCUGAAACAGCCUUUCAGAACGCCAUGCUGAAACCCAUGUGCGAGGCGUUAACGUACAUCCCAAAGGAUCAGCUUUUGAGUCACAAGCUCCCUGCCAGACUGAUCGCCGGCCAGAAAACAAACCUGCCGGAGCAUCUCCAGACUCUGCUGAACACACUGGCCCCGUUACUCCUCUUCGGAGCGCGGCCCGUGCAGAUUGCUGUCUACCAGAUGCUGUACAAGUUGAUGCCAGAAUUACCACAAUAUGAUCAGGAUAAUCUAAAGUCAUACGGAGAUGAAGAGGAGGAACCAGCCUUGUCCCCGCCGGCAGCACUGAUGUCCCUUCUCCACGCGCAAGAGGACCUGCUGGAAAGCAUCCUCGGCUGUGUUCCCGUCGGGCAGGUCGUGGCCAUCCAGCCGCUGAGCGAGGACUUCUGCUCUGUGCUGGGCUACCUCCUCACCUGGAAGCUCAUCCUCACUUUCUUCAAAGCCUCUUCCUCUCAGCUUCGGGCUCUGUAUUCAAUGUACCUCCGGAAAACAAAGAGUUUAAAUAAACUGCUCUAUCACCUGUUCAGGCUCAUGCCCGAAAACCCGACCUGCACCGAGGCAGCUGCUGAGCCCAGCAGGGAGCCCAAGACCUUUUUCACGGAGGAGGUCCAGCUGAGUAUCCGAGAAACAGCAACCCUUCCGUACCACAUCCCGCACUUGGCUUGCUCCGUCUACCACAUGGCCCUGAAGGACCUGCCCGCCAUGGUCCGGUUGUGGUGGAACAGCAGCGAGAAGCGCGUCUUCAACGUGGUCGACCGGUUCACCAGCAAGUACGUCAGCAGCGUGCUUUCUCUGCAGGAAAUAGCUUCUGUGCAGACGAGCACACAGCUGUUCAAUGGCAUGACGGUUAAGGCUCGAGCUACUACUCGAGAAGUGAUGGCCACUUACAGCAUCGAGGACAUCGUCAUUGAGCUGAUAAUACAGCUGCCUUCCAACUACCCGCUGGGCUCCAUCACCGUGGAGAGCGGGCGGCGCGUGGGCGUGGCCGUGCAGCAGUGGCGGAACUGGAUGCUGCAGCUGAGCACCUACCUCACCCAUCAGAAUGGAAGUAUUAUGGAAGGCUUAGCAUUAUGGAAAAAUAAUGUAGACAAACGCUUUGAGGGUGUUGAAGAUUGCAUGAUCUGCUUUUCAGUCAUCCAUGGGUUCAACUAUUCUCUUCCCAAAAAAGCCUGUAGAACAUGCAAGAAGAAGUUCCACUCAGCCUGUUUGUACAAGUGGUUUACAUCUAGCAACAAAUCCACUUGUCCGCUCUGUCGUGAGACCUUUUUCUGAGGUUUCCCCCCCGGAAGUGACCCUGAAGGAAAGCAAAGGCAGUGGACUGGGCCCGCCCGGAAGCGCUGGUGUGCGGAGGCAGUGAGCGUACUUAGACGGACCUGCUCGGGGGAGCCCCUUGGUUAAUGCAAUGGCCCUGCAAUCGGGUCUACUUACCUUUAGGUUGGUUUGUAACAGUUUGGGAACCUUUUCUUUUACAUACGAAUAUUACGUAUUUGGGAGGAAAUAUUUAUAAAAUAGUUUAAUCUCUUUAUAUAUUUAAAAAUAAAUAUGGAAAACCCCUAAAUUACAGAUUUGGAAUUUGUGAAAGCAUUGCAUUGAUCUAUGUUCUAGAACAGUCCAGUGAGGCAAAUGAAUUGAGAGGGAUGAUUUAUACCUAGCAAUAUUUUAAGACUUAUUUAUUAGUUAUGAAAACAAAAUUAAUUAGUAUUCUGCUAUUUGUAGAUUAAUUUAAUGAUAAAAAUGACUAAGCUAUCAAUAUAGUUUAUCUUGAGCUGUUUGAAGCAUGCUCUGCAGUCCUCCAUCAGCAAGUCCGCGGGCCCUCGCGGCCUUCGCUGUUAGGGCUCUGACUUCCAGAGCAGGAACUCACGACCCCGAGCUUUGCUGUGGAAGACUUUCGUGUGCCAUGACAUCCGAACUGUAGACUUGCCCAUGAAUUAUUCUCAGUUACGUGAGAAUUUGAGAGAACAGGAAUCGAUUACUUUAUUCAUGUAGCAGAGGGGCAUCUAGCCCUCUGUGAGAGGGAGGAGGAAAUGAAUGAGCGGUCCUGAAACUUAACACUGGUGAUGGGGGAAAUUAAAAACAAAAAGUAAUGCUGUAGUUGGCUCCCGAUUUUGUAAGCGAAGUUUGCUAUUCAUGCUGCCAAAGUUACAUUAAAUUAGAUUUGAAGAAGCUAAAUUUUCCAGUCAAGUUAAGGUUUUAGUACCAAGUAAAAGGGAAUAUGACAGGCUGGCGUGGAGUAGCGCAACCCCCCUCUGUCACAGCAGUGUCACCCUAACAGCUGUGCCCGAAGCAGAAAGUGUGAGGUUUGGAACUUGGAAUAAUUCCAUUGCAAUCUUUCAUCCCUGGGGAAUAUUAGCAUAUCCAGCAGCCAGGUCACUUGUGAGAUCAGCUAAUCAUCUCUUGCAAAUGUUUAAUUGGCAAAAGCAAUUCAUGUUAAUAAAACAACUGCUCACCAUCAAAUGGGUAAAAUGGUUAUUGUUGAAAUAGUAUGAAUGUGGUCAGAGUAUGGUAGUCGAGAAUGCGGUAUUACGUGCGUUUCAGGUCUCUGGAGUUGUGUUUGUGGGUGCAGAGUCCUACCCAGUUCUGUCUGUCCCCUGAAGUUCUUCUUAGUAUUUAUUGUCCUACUGCCUCGGGGCUCAGAGUCCGUAAGUGAAGUGCAGAUAGCGAAAUCCUACUACCUCUUCUUAACCCGUCUUCAGACGGCCGCUCUUCCCAGGUCGGCCUCUGACAGAGUAUUCCCCAAGGACCGCGUUACUUCUUUCAAAGGCACACACUUUUUCUUUAAAGAUUGUUUUAUAAUGAGAGUUUGUUUAUGACUUUUCCAGUAUUGGUACUUCUCGGCCUCUGACCCAAACCCCAGGCAGGACAUGAAGGGAGGGAGGGAGCAGUGUUGCCAGUGGGACUCGGGCCCCUGCCACUGUGAAGCCCUGUGACCAGGUGGGCACCGCUCCGCACCAGACUCCUCACGUCUCUCUGAGCUGUAAAUACACGUGUACAUAGUGCUUGUUACUGUUACCCGCUAAAGAGAGGGCUUUCCAAAAUGAGACUGGAGUUCAGAGUACCACGCUAUAAACAAUUGUAUUUAUAGAGCUUUGGCAACUCCAGAGAACACCCUUACAUUACAGCAUAGGGACAUUUUAACUUGCAUGAGAUUCAAAGCCCGUUAGCAAAAUUAUUAACUUAAAAUCCUCAUGUAAAUUGAAAAUUUUAGGAUUUAUUUUUAACUCUCUGUACCACACGCUCUAAUGUAUGUACAUAAGUUUCCAUAGCUUAAAUAAUUGUUAUUAAUAAAUAAGUUUGUGCUGUGAAUAAUUAAUUUAUUAUUUUGUUGUUAUGCCAUAUGUGCCCAUUAAAGUUCUUUUUAAUUACACAAUAAUGUCAAAUAUACAGAGUACUAAUAUAAAGCCCUUGUGCUCUUCACAAACUAUUUUGCCACAUUUGCUUCUAAUUUUUAAAGAAAUAAAAUGUUACUCUCUUGUA